UCCCCACACAUACUGCGACUACAAACCAAAUAAUAGAGAAGACAAGAGGUCCUUCAGCACUUUCUCUUCAAGACUUCAACCAUGGCAGGACAGGCCGAGGCUUCCUACUCCACCUCCACCUCCACCUCCACCUCCACCGCUGGAUCUUCACCUUACGAUGUGUUUCUCAACUUCAGGGGUGAAGACACUCGCAAAAACUUCACUGGCCACCUCUACCGUGCUUUGAAAAGAGAAGGGGUCAAUGUCUUUAUGGAUAGCUACAAACUGUGGGAAGGAGAAGAGCUUGGAACAACACUUGUCAAGGCAAUCCAACGCUCCAAAGUCUCUAUUCCUGUUUUCUCUAAAGGCUAUGCCAAUAGCAAUUGGUGCUUGACGGAACUUGCCCAGAUGCUGUAUUGCCGUAGACACUACGGUCAGAUUAUUCUGCCAAUAUUCUUCGAUGUUGAUCCCUCUGAUGUUCGUCAUCAAACCGGAUGUUUUAAAAAAGUGUUUCUUAAACAUCAAAGGAAUUUCGCUCCUCAUGUUGUGGAUAGUUGGAAGGAAGCUUUGAGAGAGGUAGGGAAUCUGAAGGGAUGGGUUCUCAAAGAAGUCGAAAAUGGGGAUGAAUCAAAGCUGGUUGAGCUUCUUGUUGAAAGGGUUUUAAAAGAAACAUGCAUACACAACGUUUUCUCGAUGAGUGAUGUUAAUUACUGUAUUGGAUUAGAUUCCCAUUUAAAGAAUCUGCUAUAUUUACUAAAUAUUGGUUCCAAAGAUGUUCAAUUUAUUGGAAUAUGUGGCAUAGGUGGCAUUGGGAAGACAACUAUUGCAAAGGCUCUCUACAAUUGCAUCAUUGAAAGCUUUGAUCAGAAAUGCUUUCUUGAAGACAUCAGAGAAGAAGUAUUGCGACAUGGAUUAGUUUAUUUACAAGAGAAACUUAUCUAUAGUAUGUCCAAAAGAAAAGUUCAGGGAGAAAUAUUGAGUGUUGAUAGAGGAAAAGAGUGGAUAAAAGAAAGACUUCAGAUAGAAAAUGUUCUUCUUAUUCUUGAUGACGUGGAUCAUCCUUCCCAACUCAAUGCUUUAGCUAUCGAUCUAAAUUGGAUUGGUCAAGGAAGUAGGGUCAUUAUAACAACAAGAGAUGAGAAUAUUCUAAAUAUGGCUAAAAUUGAUGAAGGUAAAAUAUAUCGACCUAAAGAAUUGGGUGAAGGCCAAUCUCUUCAACUUUUUAGUUUGCGUGCCUUUCGAAAUGUCAAACCUCCUGAAGAGUAUAUGGAGCUUUCACGUGCUAUAGCAAGUUAUUCCGGAGGCUUGCCCUUGACUCUAGAGGUGUUGGGUUCCUACCUAUCAUAUGUAAGAAGUAAAGAAAUGUGGGAAAGUAUAAUACAACAAUUGAGAGAAAAUGCUCCUAGGGAGGUCUACGAAAGCUUGAAGAUAAGCUAUGAUAAUCUAGGUGAUUACGAGAAAGCCAUUUUUCUUGAUGCUGCAUGUUUUUUCAUUGGAUGGGAGAAAAAAACUGUAAUUUCCAUUUGGGAAGCUUGUGGCUUUUAUCCUAAAUCAGCAAUACACAGACUUAUUAACAGGAACCUUAUUAAAUUUGAAUCUAAUGAGGAUGGUGGUUGCUACUUGAGGAUGCAAGAUCAACUUCGAGACAUGGGAAGGGAAAUUGUCUCAAAAGAAAGCUUUAGAGAGCCAGGCAAGCGUAGUAGGUUGUGGUCUCACGACAACGUCUUGGAGAUCUUAGAAGGAAACAAGGGAACUGACAGAGUAGAAGGAAUCGACAUUCCCUCUGACUUACUGAUUCCUUUAACUGGUGAAAAUUUUGAGAGGAUGUCCAAUUUAAGAUUCCUCAACAUUAAUCCAAAAAGUUUCAUGGUAGACUUUUCAUGCCUUCCUUCUGCACUAAAAUGGUUCAGAUGGAAUACUUGUACUUUGGAUAUUCUACCAACUAAUUUUUAUCAUAAGAGACUAGUUCAUCUCGAUCUAUCAUUUAGCACAAUCAAACAAGCUUGGAAUAUCAGGCCUCAAGAUGAAAAUAAGCAGUUCCAAAAUCUGAAGGUUCUAAAUCUUAGUAAUUGUGGAUAUCGAUCUAAGUCCCCAAACUUUUCAUGGUUUCCUUGUUUAGAGCGAUUAGAUCUUGGAUAUUGCAGAUCAUUGGAUAAGUUAGAUGAAUCCUUGGGGCAGUUGAGUAAGCUCAAAAGUCUUAUUCUUGAAUCGUGUGACUCACUAGAGGAAUUGCCUGAGUCCAUUUGUGAUCUAAAAUCUUUGGUUGAGCUCCAAUUGAGUAAUGUUGCAAAAAUUAAGGAAUUGCCAGAUGGUGUUGGACUAUUAGAGAAUCUUGAGGUAUUAGAUGUGAGCCAUUUCUAUUUAUUGGUAAGACUACCGGAUUUGUCAAGGCUGAAAAUUUUGAGGAGAUUAUCUGUCGAUUCUUGCGAGAAGUUGGAAGAGAUUCAAGGCCUUGAGGGAGUAAGAUCCUUUGAAGAUUUGGACGCGACACAAUGCUGUAACUUGACAAAUACUCCAAGAAAGAUACAUGGCCAGGGAAGACUUUCACCGGAGUGUACACAAGAAUUAAUUUAUUCCUUGAAUGCUAAUGAUGGGAUCUGUAAGAAGGGGUUAUCCUUAGUUCUGUGCAUUGUUUUCGAAUUCCCACCUGACUUAAAGCACAAUCUGAAAUUCAAACAGCAUCAGCCACAAACCAUCUAUUUUGACAUUUUGGCUUCUAUCCGCCGAAAUGAUAAAACAGCUAGAUGUCGUCAUACACUGAGAAUUGAGGAUGUUGAAUAUACUACUCGUACAAAUAUAAUCUACAUUCACCAUCUCAAAGGCUUCAACUGGUUUGGGAUUCCAUUGGAAGGAAAAGAUGCUAUUGAGAUUUUAUAUAUUCGUCAAUCAAAGUAUUUGGAUGACUUAAUACCCAAUUCUAGAGUAAAAUUCUGGAAGCUUUUGUUCCAGAAACCUGACCAGAAAAAGCCUAAUGUAGCAGAUUUCUUCAAUUGGUCAGAUGUUGAGGCAUCUCCUUCUGGUAAUACAGGAAGAAGUGGUAGAGGAGAUACUGAAGCCUAGAAUGAGAGCUCGUCUUCAAGACAACGAAGAUGAAGCAUCAGGAUCCAACAAUGUUCCUAAGGAGGCACAGUUGAGGGCUAUUGAAAGAUUUAUUCUUGAUAAGGAUGAGGUAAGUCCUCGAGUUGAAGAGGAGUUGUUGAGGGUUGAGGUAGCUUGUCCAUAUCCUGUUGAAAAGAAAGGAUGGUUGAGGCGCUGUCAAGGGCUCUUGAGAAAAUUGUUCUUGAAAACAGAGUAGGAAGGGUGGGGGGAAUAUUGAAGGUUAUGGAGAGACUUAUUGACAAUGAUGAUGAUGAUGAUGAGACUGCUAUUGAUUCCGGAGUUUCGUGAUUGUUAAAAGUGAUGAAAUCCAUUUCAGGAACAGAACAUCCAAAUGAAGAGAAUUGUGCAAGUACUUUGUUCAUGCUGUUGCGUAAGCCCAGCUUUUUGUGGAUGCAUCCUUUGUGGUAUAUAAUGGUAAUGGAGCUGUUAUUAACAAAUAAAAUAGUUAGAGUAAUGGACACCAAGCAUAGAAAAUCAGGCUUACCAUCUCAGUAAGUUUUAUACUGAAUAUGUUGACAGUUAAGUGUGGCAAUUAGUGAAACAGAAUGUGUGGAGUUUUGUGAUAAGAAAAGGAACUUGUCUGUCCCUUAUUAUGUGACUUUUGAAGUUUUGGCAGUUAAAAUGCAGGAAGUUUGCCGAGUGUUAAUCAAAUUACUUGUGUAAAUCAAAAUAUUUGGAUGACUUGACACCCAAUUGUAGAGUAAAAUUCUGGAAGCUUUUGUUCCAGAAACCUAACCAGCGAAAGGCUAAAAUAACAGAUUUCUUCACAUUGUCCAAUCCGGAGGAGCGAUGUUUCAAUGAUUAAUCAGAACUUCUUCCUAUGUUGGGGUUAUUCAACAAUAUUCCUGAAGUACUUUGUUGCUGUUUGUGGAUGCAUCCUUUGUGGUAUAAAAUGGUAAAACAUAGAAUUCAUAUAUAUAUAUACUCAUUUGCUCUUAGUUACUUCUUGUUAUAUCUCAGUAGCAGGGUAUAUUUUAUGUUAGUUAAUACUUAAUGGACUUGAUAACGUAAAUGCAUAGUUUUAUGGGGGAUUAUCUUA